AUGGCGGCCAAGACCCUAACAAAACUACUAAAACAACCGCCCAUCCAUGGCAAAGGUCAGUCUUGCCGUCAAAUGCCGAAGAAAGUUAUUAGAAGUAGUGAGGAGGAAGUCACAUCGGGUGAGGGAUCAUACAUUGACAGCUUGUUUUUUGAACCGCUUCCGAAGGUCCCUAAGAAAGUGAUGUGGGAUGAUCCUACUGAGGUACCGAUCACGCUCGACGUGGAGGAGAAUGGGUAUAUCGAUCAAUCCUACUUCCAAGAACCGAAGACAUGCGAGGCUUCUGAUUUGGAUGGCACUGAGAGUGUCGCCGAUUGCAUUGCUGGUGUCCGCGAACAACUGUCUAUCAACCAAUUUAGUGGUGGAAGACUUGACUUCAAGUACCGAGAAAAACGGGAUUCUAGAGUGCGAUACGAUUCUCAGGGAUUCCGUAUACCCGACGAUAAUCCCAUCAAAUUCCAUCUUCUCACAGAGGACGAGGCGGUCGAGGUUUUGUACAAAAGCAUCAUUGCCGUUCAAGAAAACUUAAUUGUGAUCAACAAACCACCAGGAAUAGCUUGCCAUGGUGGCCAAGGUCAGUAUUUCAGCGUGGACAGUCUUCUUCCAAGAUUAGCCCAUAAACUUCGUCGCGAAUCCUACAGUGAGAGCACUGCUCUUAAACUGACUCACAGAAUCGACAAGGAGGCAACCGGUAUACUCCUUAUCUCAAGAAAUCAAGACACACAUCUUAAGUUGACUGAAGCAUUUGCCAACCGCUGGAUCAGUAAGUCCUACUUGUGUAUCACAUCAGGCAUCCCACGCGAAAAAGAGGGCACCAUUUAUUUGCCUAUAUCAGAGAAACAAAUCAAUGGUGUGUACCGAAUGGUCGCGCGUUGCCCACGUCCCAAGUUACCAGUAGACGGUGAUGUCUUGAGGGAUGAAGUGGAAGAGGAUGAGUGGCUUCAGAGAAUACGUAGGACGACCAACGCCAUUACUCACUUCAACGUACUUGACAGGCGUAAUGAUGCAGCUCUUCUGGAGUGCUCCUCGGUGACAGGUAUGAGGCAUCAAAUUCGUGUUCAUUUGAGUGCAGCGCUGGAGACACCGAUUUUAGGAGAUCACAAGUACGCACAUUUUGGGUAUCUAGCGCCUCAACGCCUGUCCAAACGAACUCUUGAAGCACUGGAGAUACGCCAGUCGAAGGCACGUUACCUGGGCCUAUACCUGCACGCGCACAGCGUCAAAUUCGGCGGUGUCACUGACACAGCUAUCACUCCUUCAUCUGCCCCUCCGUCUCAGCCUCCGCCGGGUUUCUUCGCCUUUUUGAGCCGAGAGCGACCACGCGAGGUGCGCCAGUUCGUCGCUCCCUUGCCUUCCUUCUUCCUCACCACCCUCAACUGUCUCGGCAUUCGCAUUCCCCAAACACUGCGCUGGACCCGGGAAGACGUGGAGAUGGAGAAUGUGAGAGCUGCGAGACGGAUCUUGGCGGAGCGAAUAGGGGUUUGGUGCACGGAGAGGCGUGGUGGCCCUCCGCUGCACUGCCUAACGCAGCUGGAACUGGAGACCGCAGGUCUGCGAGCGCUGCCACCGCCUCAGGUGCUGGGUGCGCUCCCUUGCUUACGUGUUCUGAACCUUGGCGGUAACAAACUGAGGUGCCUGUGUGGUGGAUUGCUGCAAUGUCGUUGCCUUGAGGAAUUGAACCUCGACGAUAACUACCUAACCUCUAUUCGAGGGGAACUUAGGAAUCUACACUGUCUGAGGGUGCUUUCUGAAACUGUCAAUGAAUUGAAGCGAAUGCACAGGAUAGAAGUGGUUGAUCUCCGCAAAAACCAGGUAUGCAACGACUCGAAUUACGCACUCUUAAUGUGGAGAAUGCUUCCAAGUCUCUCACUUCUUGAUGGACGUGGAAAAUUCCAAGACUCCGUUUCAUUUACAGCAGUUAACCUACCCAGAAAACAGGAGGCGACUAACAUAAGAAAGAAGAAGGCGAUUUCUGGACCGAAAAUAUGUGAGCGGUUCCACCGAGGCCAGCUGCGGAAGGUUUAUCUUUCAGAAGUUAUUCAAACAGCAAAACAAGAAAGUAGUGAAUAUCCAAUUUCCGGCAAAGUGAUUUUGGGUACUUGUUCAAAGUUAUGA